AUGUCGGACUCCGCACCACAAACGAACAACAAGUUUGUCACUGAGCUCAACCCCAAGGGCAUCAAGCCUUGCUGUGCCUGCCCGGAGACCAAAUCGGCAAGAGACGACUGCUUCUUCAAGUUCGGACAUAGCGUAGAGGAGCACGGCGAAUCAGCACGAAAAUGUGAAGAGCUGGUCAAGAAACAUCGCGAGUGCAUGGCGUUACUAGGAUACAAGAUCUGA